GUGCUCGGAUGCAGGUGAGGUGACGGCUGGAUCAACCAGGAGAGUUUAUAUCAUGGACAUCACUCCCACCCUCAGGUCGCUAGCAACCGAUAAUCGUAUUGACUUCGAUACAUCGCCAUGGCUGACAACGCGGUUACGAAGGGCCACUUCAAGGUGUGUGGGAAGGAGUUCCCUGAAGUGACCUGGUUCACGCGCUCCAACCUGCGAGCUACUUACUUGCUCCUCUUCUUCGUCGUGUUGACCAGUGCUACCAAUGGUUACGAUGGAUCCAUGGUUAACGGUCUCCUGUCGCUGGACCAGUUCACCAGCUACAUGAAGGGCCUGUCCGCCUCCAUCAAGGGUCUCUUCUCCGGAAUCAUGUUCUUGGGCUCCCUCCUGGCUCUGCCCAUAACUCCCUACAUUGCCGAUGGACUGGGUCGGCGAUGGGGCAUCUGCAUUGGCUCCAUCAUCAUGAUCUUCGCCGUUGUGCUCCAGAGCGCCUCGGUGAAUUUCUCCAUGUUCAUUGCCGCCCGUUUCUUCCUCGGCUUCGGUGUUGCCAUUGCCCACGGAGCCGCUCCUCUGCUCAUCACUGAGCUGUGCCAUCCCCAGCACCGUGCUAUUUUCACCACGAUUUACAACACCACCUGGUACCUUGGCUCCAUCAUUGCCGCUUGGCUCACCUACGGCACCAACCAGAUUCCCAGCCAGUGGUCUUGGCGUAUCCCCUCCAUCAUCCAGGCUUUGCCAUCCAUCCUUCAGAUUACCUGCGUCUGGUUCGUCCCCGAAUCCCCCCGUUGGUACAUCUCCAAGGGCCAAAAUGAGAAGGCCCUCCACGUCCUCGCCCAUGUGCAUGCCGAGGGCAACGCCGAUGACGAGCUGGUCCAGCUUGAAUUCGAGGAGAUCAAGGAGACGCUCAAGAUUGAGAAGGAGGCCGAGCAGACUGGCUGGCUCGAGCUGUUCAAGACCAAGGGCAACCGCCACAGGUUGCUCAUUCUGAUUUCCGCCGGUCUCUUUUCUCAGUGGUCGGGUAACGGUCUCGUCUCAUACUACAUCACCGGCGUGCUUGACGGUAUUGGCAUAACGGAUCCCGACACCCAGCUCAUCAUCAACGGUGUGUUGAACAUCUGGAACGCGAUUGUCGCCAUCACCAUGUGCUUCUUCGUCGAGAAGGUCGGCCGCCGUCCCCUCUUCCUCAUCUCCACCGCCGGCAUGAUGCUCUGCUUCGUCGUCUGGACCAUCUGUUCGGAGCGCUACGACGCCACCAAGGUCAAGGCCAACGGCAGCGCCGUCGUCGCCAUGAUCUUCCUCUACUACACCUUCUACAACAUGGCCUGGUCCGGUCUGCUGGUCGGCUACACCGUCGAGAUUCUCCCCUUCUCCCUCCGCGCAAAGGGCAUGUGCUACAUGUUUGCCUUUGUCGAUGUGGCCCUCUUCUUCAACACCUACGUCAACCCCAUUGCCCUCGAGGACAUCCAUUGGAAGUACUACAUCGUCUACUGCGUCUGGCUCGCCUUCGAACUCACCUUCGUCUGGUUCUACUACAUCGAGACCAAGAACACGCCCCUGGAGGAAAUCGCCAAGCACUUCGACGGCGAUGCCGCCCUUGUUGGUGGCGCUGCUGCAACGGAGAAGGGUCGCGUCCUCGAGCAGGAGAUUCACGAGAAGGAGGCUGUUGGUGAGCAUCAGGAGAAGAUUUAAUUGGUAGGAUUACUCUGGGAGCGGAGGGCAGUGUAAUUGGAUUGGGUGCUGCAAUGCACCCUGAUGUUGGAUGAUCAUAAUGCCCUGUAAUACAUUCUUCAC